UGUAUAGGCAUAUUCUCCCGGAGUGGUGUUGGAAGCUGCAGAAAUGGGUGGUUGGGGUCGAUAGAGAGGAGAAGUUGAGUCGUGCUUGGCAGACUUUUGACCACUUCAUAAACCCAAUCCUUUCCCACAGAAUAAACAAUGACCGAUCCAGUACUGAUUUCAGCAUCUUGCUUUCGCACAUCAAUGCACAUCAAGGAAUGAGUCCCAAAUUUCUUAGAGACACCUUCCUCAGUUUGGUUAUUGCUGGCUCAGAUACUACAGGAUCAACACUGACUUGGUUAUUUUGGCUACUUUCCAAAAACCCAUCGGUUGAAGCAAAGAUUUUGGAUGAGAUCUAUCGCCAUCAAAAGCCAAACGACCAGCAGCAAGUUGGGAAACCAUCAGCUGGCGGCGACGAUAGUUAUAAGGAGCAAGAGGAGAUUACUAUAUUCAAGGCAGAAGAACGUCAAAAAUUAACCUACCUCCAUGCGGCUGUGUGUGAAUCCCUCAGAUUGUUUCCAACCGUACCUAUGAAUCAUAAGAUGCCUAUAGAAAGAGACGUUCUUCCCAGCGGGCACAUCGUCACACCCAACACCAAAAUCAUAAUGCCUUACUAUUCCACGGGGAGGAUGGUUUCCGUGUGGGGAGAAGACUGCAUGGAGUUCAAGCCCGAGAGGUGGAUUUCACCCGCUGGCCAUGACAGAAUCCUCCACCAACCUUCCUACAAGUUCCAGGCCUUUGGCGCCGGCCCCAGGGCUUGCAUUGGCAGGGAGAUGUCAUUAACCGUCAUCAAAAUGAUUGCAGCUACCAUACUAUGCCACUACCGCUAUGAGCUAGCAGAACCAUGCCCUCCUCACCAUCCACCUCAGGUCUCCGAAUCCAUCCUUCUUGAAAUCAAGGACGACCUCAAGGUUGUCUUCACCCAUCGCUAGCAUAUACUCUCCCUCUUAAAUAAGGGCAACACUUAAAAUGCUCCACUAUUCACAUGUUCUCCUUUGACUACGC